UCCACGAGUGGAUGUAAAGCUAAUGACAUCAUUGAGUGCACUUUCCUCCUCCCUCCUUCUUGAUCAGACAGGCUGCUGCUGCUGCUACUGAGCUGCCUAGGACACACAGCUCUCAGACAGGGGAAUUAUGCCCUGCCCAGCAGCGGCUGCUUUGCCUAUUUGAAGAGCCGAACCUAUGCAUACCAAGUAGUUAUAAGUCCGGGGCUAUCCCCGUGAUUAUUGGUUAUUAUGAGCAUGGAAGAUUAUGACUACCUGUUCAAAAUAGUUCUCAUUGGAAAUGCUGGUGUUGGAAAGACAUGUCUCGUCCGGCGCUUUACUCAGGGGCUUUUCCCACCUGGACAAGGGGCUACUAUUGGAGUGGAUUUCAUGAUUAAAACUGUGGAAAUCAAUGGGGAGAAGGUCAAGUUGCAGAUAUGGGAUACGGCUGGACAGGAGAGAUUUCGCUCCAUUACUCAGAGUUACUACCGUAGUGCCAAUGCCCUCAUUCUCACAUAUGACAUUACCUGUGAGGACUCCUUUCGGUGCCUUCCAGAGUGGCUGAAGGAGAUUGAGCAGUAUGCCAACAACCAAGUGGUGACUAUAUUAGUCGGUAAUAAAAUUGAUCUGGCAGACAAGAGAGAGGUUCUCAGGCAGAGGGCCGAAGACUUCGCUCAGGCUCAGAGCAUGCUGUAUCUGGAGACGUCGGCCAAAGAGUCCGACAACGUCGAGAAACUCUUCCUUGACCUGGCGUGCGAACUCAUUCGAGAAGCCAAGCAGAACAAGCUCGACAACAAUGACACUGCCCCAAUGCCCGGUGAGGGUAAAACCAUCAGUUAUUUGAACUGCUGCAGCCUCAAUUAAAGGGAGCUCAGCUGCCCGGCUGCAGUAACUCGGUAGCCAUUGACUGUAGAGCGUAGAUGGCUGAGCCCCAAUGCCUCCGUCCUGCUAAGAUGGCAUAAAGCCAACGCUUAGUUUGGUCAUGUUUUUCCCAUGCCUUUUAUACGCAGUACAAAGGAGCUAGUUGAUUUUAGUUUUAAAAGUGCUACUAUCAUUAAAGCCAGUAUCCUUACUGGGUCAGGAUGAACAGGUGCACAUCAAUCGAUAAAAAUAUCAUCAAAACGUUCAUUUAAAUCACUAAUUCAAUAUAAAAAGUGAAAUUUACACAUUAUGUAGAUUCAUUAUGAACAGAGUGAUAUAUUUCAGUUGCAAUUAUUUACUUCUGGAGUUUUUCAUCUUUCUCUUGACAGUACUCAGACAGUAAAUGAGGUUUUGCGCAGGCCUGUUUCGUUUUUAAUUCAGUACAUUGAUACCAUAAUCAUUAAUGCAGAGUUUGGAAGUUUUGGCAGUGUGGGCAGGUGUCAAGAGCUGCUGGAAAAGGAAGUCAACAUUACCAGAAGAAGGAAGGAAGAGUGAACAUGCUCUUCCAUGUUAGGUGACUGCGGACUUCAACAGCUCCAACAACAGCAGAUGAUUCAAUUUCCCCAAAAUUUUCUAACUGUGGAAACUUCACACCAGACCUUAAGCAACCUUAAGAUGACAGUCCUGGCAUUUUUUCUCCUUAGGUAAGGCACCUCUGACACAUCUGACAUCAUCUCUGGUUCAGGAGUGGCUUACACACUGUUGUUGUAUACUUCCAGGAUACGUCUAUGUGUGGGAGUGUCAGUCCACAACAUCUAAAACUAUACCAAACUCUUGAGUGACCUUUGCUUCACAAUCAUCUAAAGGUUGUGGUUGUCUGUGUUGCUUGUGCAACUUUUUCCUUCCACUAAACUUUCCAGUAAUAUGCUUUGAAUCAGCAGUCUGUGAACAGCCAGCCUCUUUAGCAUUGCCUUUUGGUGUCUUACCCUCCUUUUGGAAGGUGACUGCGACUCUGCAUGAUACCUGCCACGUCAGUUAUAUAGCCAAUGAAAAACUUGGAGAUGCCAUAACAUCUCUACAUUCAAAAUCCCUUUUAGAAAUAUGUUGCUCUGUGUGUAAUGAAUUUAUAACAUUUUCAGGGUUUCACUUAACUCAAUUAGGUUUUUUUUUUAAUCAUAUCCCAAUUUCUUCAGUUUGACUGAUAAUGUGGGUAAUCUGGGUAGAGUUUAGAAACGACAGGACUUUCCAGUUUGGCCUUUGGGAUUCAUUUCUCAUCCGACGUCAGUAUUCACCAGCAGUAUUAUGAGAGCAAACAGUUUUGCCAGGUAUAUUGUUACAAAUCAGAUGACAAUUUUAGUGAACAUUGGGGAUUAUUAGUUAUCAGUAACAUGUUUACAAGCACUACAUUUAGGAGAUUACUAAGAUUGAACAAGGUGAAAAUGUAACAUAAAAUCUGUUUAUUUUCCCUUUGCUCUGAGAAUCACAUCACAUGACAGCUUUGUCAUUUUUAAAUCAUUUUUUUUUUUGCACCUGUCAUUACAUACUGUGAAGCAUUUUUUUCCCCCAAAUUUGACUUUUUACUUGCUGCUAGAACAUGUUUUUAUGUCAUAAGAACUGAACCACAAAUAAAACCUACAGUAUUGUGUGUCGCUAUUAAUAUUUUUUUAGUUUAUUGGCAGUUUUAGUGAUUGCUGAUUUAGUUUGAAACAGUUGGAAAGCCUUCUAUCAGUGAAACUUCUAAGUAGAUUUUUCUUUAUGAUUGUCAGCUAUUUUCGUUAACAUACACGUGAAUAUUUCUGCAUUUGUCAGUGCUGGUCAUGAAAUAGUUUCAAGGGGGUGUGUCCAUGUAAUUUUAUAUAACUUGUAUUUCAUAUUAUGCUUUCUGUGAAUUUAUUUUGUUGUCAGCAUGGUAGUGUCUAAAAUGAUCUUUUAUUCAUUUGCCAUAACUACAGGCUGCUGUAUUGCACAAUGCCAUAUACUGCACACUUAGUUUUUUUUUGUUUCAACUGUAACAUUUAGUGUUUUCUUGUACAGAUUUAUUAUUGUAGUACAUUUUGGCACUUUUAUUGUAUGAUUUUGUACCUUCAGUUUUUGUCUCAUUUGCUAGAAGUGCCAGAGUUAUGUUAUUUCUGGUGCUUUAGGUUUUAAGAGGAGACACUUGUGCUUAAUUCUUUACAUCUUUCUGUCAACUUCAAUGGGACUUACAUCUGACAGGCUGUUUUAAUUGUUGUGUUUUUUCCUUUUGUGUACAAAAAUAAUCCCUAAAUUACUGUGUAUAUCAUUAAACAGCUACACUAAUUAUUGA